AUGUUGCUGACACGAGGAGGAGGAAGAGGUUCAUCAGGAGGUGGAGGGUGGAGAGGUGGAGGUGGCGGUUCAGAAAACAAUACCUUCAGCAGCCAGAGAGUCCUUUGUCAGGCUACUCUGGAUGUCUUGUGUCCGUACAAAGGAUGGACACUCUACUUCACAGAUGGCUUCAUAGAGAGCUCACCUAGUGUGGAGAAGAUCAAAGUGUUUGAGAAAUAUUUCACUUCCAAGAUUGAACUAUAUGACAAGGAUGAGAUUGAGCGUCAGGGCAGUGUUCUGGUGGAUUAUGCAGACCUGACGGGCAACAAAGCCGUGCAUGACGCACUUCCUGAUCUGACCACCGAGCUGAAGGAACAGCCAGAGGUGAUUCUCAACUGUUUGGGAGUGGCCAUUCAUCAGGUGUUGACUAUAGAUUUGGAGAAACAGGCUGCUGAGCUUCAAGGGGAAGAGCUUCCUGUCGCUACACCAAUCAUCAACAUCCCUCACAUUAGCGCAAGGCUGUAUAACUAUGAACCGCUGACUGCGUUGCGGACGCUGCGUGCCAGUGUGUUUGGACGUCUGGUGUGUGUGAGGGGAACAGUGGUCAGAGUGAGCACUAUCAGACCUCUGUGUACCAGGAUGGCCUUCAGGUGCCUCGGCUGCUCGCGGACACAGUCUCUGCCACUGCAGCACGGGAAAUAUGCUACACCUACCAAAUGCAUUCAGCCUGAUUGUCGCAGUCGUUCCUUCGCCCCCUGCAGGAGUUCCCCUCUUACUCACACUGUGGACUGGCAGAUCAUCAAGGUGCAGGAGUUGAUGGGCGGAGAGCAGAGGGAGACUGGACGAAUCCCGCGCACCGUGGAGUGUCACCUGACCUCCGACCUCUGUGACAGCGGCGUCCCCGGAGACACAGUCACUGUGACCGGGAUAGUUAGAGUGACCAACGAUGGCAGUUCCCGGGGGAACAAGGAUCAGUGUAUGUUCCUCCUCUACCUUGACGCCACUUCAGUCAGCAAUACUAAAGGUCAGCAGUCCAAGUCAAGUCAAGGGUCAAGAGGGUCUCUUGAAGAUCGCUCUGGAGGGGAGGAGUUCAGUCUGAAGGAGCUGUACGCCAUCCAGGAGAUCCAGGCACAGCCCGACCUGCUGAGACUUCUAGUACAGUCUUUGUGUCCUGUCAUCUACGGCCACCUGCUGGUGAAAGCUGCUCUGGUCCUGGCGUUGUUCGGAGGCAGACAGAAACACACAGGCAAGAACAGCGUCCCGGUUAGAGGAGACCCCCACAUCCUGAUGGUGGGAGACCCCGGGCUGGGGAAGAGUCAGAUGUUGCAGGCCGUGUGCAACGUGGCCCCCAGAGGAAUCUAUGUAUGUGGCAACAGCACAAGCACCACAGGACUAACAGUGAGUUUAUCCCGAGACCCGGGAACAGGGGACUUUGCUCUGGAGGCCGGAGCCUUGGUGCUGGCUGACCAAGGUGUGUGCUGCAUUGAUGAGUUUGAUAAGUUGGGCCACCAGCAGCAGGCUCUGCUAGAAGCCAUGGAGCAGCAGUCAGUGAGUCUGGCUAAGGCUGGAAUAGUUUCCUCUCUGCCUGCCAGGACGUCGGUCGUAGCUGCUGCGAACCCCAUUGGAGGACAUUACAACAGAGGCAAGACUGUUUCUGAAAAUCUGAAAAUGGGCUCAGCGCUUCUCUCUCGAUUUGACGUUAUCUUCCUCCUCCUGGACAUCCCGGAUGAGUCACAUGAUCGCCACCUGUCAGAAUACGUCAUGGCGAACAGGUUAGGAAAAGGAAGAACCAGCAGCGCCACAGUCACCAGAGCUAACAGUGAAUUCGAGACCUCCAUCCUGCUAGAACACUCAGACAUGCCGCUGUCUCAACGAUUGCAGAUCCCUGCAGGCGAAAGCACAGACCCCCUCCCAGUGUCUUUGCUGAGGAAGUAUAUCACCUACGCUCGUCAGUAUGUCCAUCCCUCGCUUUCUCCUGAAGCAGCAGAGACCAUUCAGGAAUUCUACCUGUCACUGCGAUCUCAGGCACACUCUGCUGAUUCCACCCCCAUCACCACACGACAGCUCGAGUCUUUGAUUCGACUAACCGAGGCGAGAGCCAGGUUGGAGCUCAGAGAGACGGCUACCAAGAGUGACGCUGACGAUGUGGUGGAGAUCAUGAAACACAGUCUGGCUGAUACAUAUUCUGAUGGUCUGGGAAAUCUGGAUUUUAAGCGCUCUCAGCUCGGAGCAGGCAUGAGUCAGCGCAGCGCUGCAAAACGACUGGUCAACGCGCUGCACUUACACGCUCAGAGGACCAAUCAGAAGCAGUUUGACCUACAGACGCUUCGAUCUAUGGCUGACAGACUGAACAUCAAGGUGAUGGAUUUUGAAAGUCUGGUGAGUUCCCUGAAUGAACAGGGUUUCCUGCUGAAGAAAGGAGCCAAGCUGUACCAGCUGCAGACUGUCUGAUCACUGCAACACACUCAGAAGACACACCUGCUGCUUCCUGCUGACUUCACUGCAAAGUCAGUGUUCAGAUGAACUGAAAGACAACUUGAUGGGGGACCCAUUAUCCAGACCACCGUCACCAAACCACCAACCAGCAGACUGCUAUGUAACCUUUGGAAGAGACCACAACUGACUAAGUACUGAAACUUCAUCUCUCUGCUGGACCACACAGCAGCCACAGUUUCCUGCAUGAGCACACGUUCCUGCUAGAAAGAGGAACUGACUCCAGAAUAGAAACUAAUCUGCUGAAAGUCAUUUAUUUGCACAUGAAACAUGAAAAACUAAACAUGGUAUGAUGUGAUUUGGCUGUACUUGCAUCAGUUAAAAUGGGACUCUUCAAUGAUGUGAUGUGUCACAAAUACCAUUAUCUUAAUACAGAUAUACAAACCUUUUAAUUUAAAAACCCUAAUAGUCAGGUACACUUUGCUUUCAGUGUACAUGUAUGUUUACAGUACACAGGGACUAUUGAUAUGUGACUAACAGUUGUAGCCAAGGCUUAGGUGCAGCACCGGAGCUGUUUUGGGCACCACCGAAGAAAUGUAAAAUCAUAACUGAGUGAAUGUAUCAUCUGCUCGAGCUUUGGACACAGAUAUGGUAAAAAUAAUUGUCCAAAAUGACUAUUUCUUAUUGAAAAACUUAAAUUUUCCCCACCAAAAACGUGCACCUCAGUCUUAAACUUAAACUCUGGCUGUUGCUCAAUUUAGUUUUUAAAAUAUUUCAUGGUACGGUUGGUCUUCAACAAUGUUCUGAACGUCAGAGAGGGGGAGAUAAAUACGAAGGCGAGUAUACUACCUCACUGUCGAGAGUUGUUUUUAUACGUUUUGUUUUCUACAGGUGACUUUGUUCUAGAAAGACUUUUUGUUAAUAACAUUUCAAAUGUACCAUAUUUAAGAAGUCACUGUUCUGCAAUAACAGAGACAGGAAGCUUGUUAAACGUUUGACUGCGCUGAUAUUACCUUCCCCACCUAUAAUGCAGACUUGUUUUGAUGUGGUAUUAAGCCGCCAUUAUAUUCACAUACAUCAAUUUUCUCAAAUAUUGAAUCGGCCUCGAGCGCCUGGUGUUGAUCUGAAGCCUCGCAAGUGUUCAAUAUUUGCUUAUUUUUGUCUUUGUUUACACAAAUGUUCUGUACCGUCUAUUGUUUCUGUUUUUGUAUGGUAUGGUAUGCACUUUAUUGGUUAAUAUUACACAUUCAGUUAAUAAAUUAAUUUCCUGUAAAACGUUUUGUUUAAUAUUAAAAUACCAAAACACAAUAAAUAUUAACUUUUUGUAUUUAAAGCAAAGCUCCAGAAAUGUUUAUUGGGUUGUAAUUGUGUCAAAGCUAUUUGAUAUGGUUCCUUUCUUUUGCGGAUUUAUAAUUUGUG